AUAGAUCUGGACAGAGGGAGGUGCCACAAUCUCUCUUAAAACACUGCACCUGAUACUCAGGGGGGGAUUCAAAUCUCAAGCAGCUGACAAAACACUUCCCUUCUCCCGUUGUCCAGAGGAACUUGUCAGCAGAGAGAAAUGGCUUCAGUUUUACCUGUGGUACUUUUCUGCCUGUUAUUUCAGGCUGCAUCAGCCAUCACAAUGGACCUUUGCAUGUUAGACACCAAUAACAUGACCAAGUGGAUGAACUCUUCGUAUGAAUUAAUGAUCGAGCCAGGAUAUUACCGAAUGAACACCGUCUACAAUGUUACCAUUUCAGGGAUUGACUCUUCUGUGAGUGUAUCUCUCUCAGCCGCUGUUUACAAUAGCAGCUUUGGCACUUGGACAGAUGGUUCGAAAAACUGCUCAGGAAUUAUGGAUUAUAGAAACAUGAGCACAGUGAAUAUGUGGACUUCCCCUGAAAACAUGUCGGCUACUGUAAUGUUCAGGGCGUAUGUCAAAAAUUCGACUGAGUUUUAUCUUUUAACUAAAUCGCUCAUGACACCAGAAUACCAGACCACCAUGCCACCAGUCAACACAACGUACAACAAUACCAUGGCCCCUAACACAACAACCACAGCCGCCACGACCACCAGAAAUGGUUCGGGCAGCUUCCAGCCACUGGGUGCAUUCGCCAUCACGUUGAUGGUCCUUCUGUCUGCAACUACCAAACAACUGCUCUUGUAAUCAACCCAAUGAUAUCCCUUGUGCAAUGCCUCAGGAUGACGUUCGCCACCGCUAUUAGAGUUUCUAGUCUAUAAUUGCAACAGGCCCUCCCUCAUGUGGGUUUAAAUUGGUAGAAUGUAUUUCUCAGAAACUUUGACUUUCUCCUUUCCUUAAGAAUGUUACCCAUUUAUCACAAUUUUUAAAAAAAUUUAACCUUUUGGGUACAAAUUUGUAGUGGAUAUCAGUUUGGCAGGUCAACCAGCUUUUAACAGAUCUUUACUGGUUCUGAGUAGACAGGACUUCUGAUCAGGGAUGUGAAGCGAGUAUUGUUCCGAAUAUAGAACUUUUUUUGGGGGGGGAAUAAAACACAUUAAAACUUCAGUCACAUCCCUGAAGCUGUUAGCUAAUAUUAACAAUUAAAACUAUUUGUUAUUUACAACCCUUGAUUUAUUUUUAAAUUGAUCAUCAGAUGGGUUCUGGGUUAUUUGAUGUUUGACUGUAUUUGAAUGAGAUGUACAUGAUUUAUUAUUCCAACAUCAGGAUGUCUUUAGAGUCUCAAAGUUUAACUGUUUAAAUCGCUAGAAAGUGGAGACAUGGAAAUAUCUCAAGUAAUCUCAAUUGCUGCUGAAUUGCUUGAUUCCAGUGUGCAGGCUUGACACUUGCCUGCUCUCGAAUCUCUGAAAAUCCAGAAUGAAGUCAACAUCUGGCUCCUAUUUUACAAUGAAAUGGAGACAUCAAGUGAGAGGCUUCAGAAUCGAAGUGUUUCCCACUUGCAAAAAGCACGUGGCUAGUUAAUCUGUAUCCUUCUAGACAAAUCAUGCUCAGAAUCAUUGUUUAGUUUACCCUGAACAGUAAAUGAACUAAAAAAAAAGGGGGAGAGAUUCCAACUGGGUUUAGACAAACUACUUUCUUGGCAUUUCAGAGCGUGAACCAUUUGGGCUGUAAGUAAAAGGCUUGAAUUCGGUCUUGAUUGUUAAAGUUGGGCUUUCUUUUCUGUAAGUGUUUUCAGAUCCAAGAAUUGCUAAGAAAAUAAGAGUAUGUCUAAACCCAGAUCGAAUUUCUCCUCCAAAGAGCAUCAUAGGCAACAUAUAUUCAUAAAGGGUGACAUAAAACAGCAAAUUACAUUGAAUUAACUUUUCAUUGAAGUAACACUUGCUGAUUGGAAGACCAUUUGAAGAUCACAGCCAUGGAAGUGUAAAAUUUCACGUCACUUUGUUAAUUCUGAGAAUUCUUUCCUACUUUGCUGGUAAACUUACCAAAUUGGCAGCUUUGUGCUGUUGUGCCAAGUUCAGCAAAUUUACGACCAAGGUAGAAAAACUUCUUACAAAGUUUACGAAUGAGACUGACAAUAUAAUUGGCAUGUCUGGUGUUUCAUUUUGCUUCGCAAAGAGGCACUGUAGUGUAUAUGAAAUCUGACACGCCGUUGAAUAGCUCUUGCGACCUAUCUUGUUUGGCAGAGGAGAUACAAUGCGUAAUAAAGGACAAAUCUUCCUCCACAGAUCACCAGUCUGUUCUCAGGUUGAUCAUUGUUGAUGCCCCUGAUGAAUUUGUGCUUGAAUAUAGCAUGAUUUUACUGUUAUAAUUGUUUUGAUAAUCUCCCCUCAUUAUUUCUGACCUCAUAUAGUAAUGAAUUUCAUGCACUUUCUUUCCUUUAUCUCCACAAUGAAGUUUGUUUUGCUAGUUGCCAUUAAUAUUAAUGCCAGUCACUUAUGUACGUUAUUAAUCCGUAGUGGUUACCUAUUAUUAAUUGUUGAUUAGGCUGGGGUUUCACUCUUUUGACAUUGAAUGCAUAUUUUGUGACUUCAGUUGACAUAUUCUUUUCCCAAAUGAACUAUUUAAUUUGCUCCUUUUAUGGGAUUUAAGGAAGAGAAUGAGCAGCUCCGAACAAUCCAGAUAUGAUACCGGAAGCAAUAAUCUUUUUGAAGUGUUGGUCGUGUCGUGAAGACUUUGGUACCUUAAAAAAAUUAAGCUGCGGUGGAUAAUUGCAAACAUAUGUAUCUAUCCAUUUGUACAUUGAUGUGAUUUUAAAAGGAUUGUCAUUUUUCUCAUUUUCUGACAAUAAAAGUUUUAUUCACGGUC